AUGGACAGCAUGAGUACAGAAAAGAGCCAAAAUAGUAUUGUUUCAAGGAUCAAAGUUUUUGAAUCCCAAGGAACUAAUACCUCAGGAUUAUCAAAAAAGCCAGAAGUUGCCCCUCGUUCAUUCACCCCAAGACCUAUUACUGCAAAGAAGCCAGUAGUUGCUCCAAAGCCAGGGGUAAGCAGAAUUUCAGGAGACUGGGAUGCAUGGACAGAAAGCAAAUCAACACCUUCCAAGGAAUUGCAGCCUCAACCUGAAGUAGUUGGGAGCAGUGUUGUAACCAAACCUGAGCUGCCAAAGAAGCCAAAACCUGGCCUUGUUAAAAGUAGUAGUAGUGAUUUUCUUGAUGUAAGGAGUGGAUCAGUUGCAGAGAACAGCGAUGGACAAAAGAAAUUUCCCGUUCCUGCUCCAAGGCCUCUCGUUCCUAAAAAGUCACGUUAUGCAGAAAAUCCUGUCCUUUCUUUGGCCACACUAAAACCGAUUGCUGCUCCCCCACAGGCUUCUGUAUCUGCCCAAGAAAAAGUUUUCAAGUCUCUGGGGGAAUUGUCACCUGCAGCCAACUCCUCAGCACCUGCUUUGCAAAAUAAUCUAGAUGUGGAAAGAGAUCUGAUCAGUUUUGAUGAUGAUGUUUUGCCCAUAAGUCCAGCUUGUGUAGUUAAAGAUAGCAUCAGUUCUGAAGCAGUAGCAGAUCCAUUUCAGUUCCUCACCAAAAUUGAACCUGCAAAGGAACAGACAGCUCAACCAGCUUUAGCCCGGAAACCCACUGUGAUCCGAAUCCCAGCUAAACCAGGGAAAUCUUUAAAUGAAAUCCCGCAUAGCCCUCCACCACUUCCUGCUGAAAAGCCCAUUGGGAACACCUCUAAUAUCACAGUGGGAAAACCCAACAGUGGUGACGUACUAAAAAAAGUGGAGUUGGGUCAUUCAGAACAGAGUGGAGUGCCUCAGCUAGAACCUGUACUACCCCCAAGGCCUGUGGAUGGAAAAUUUAUACCUGCUCGACCUCCCCCACCUAAAGGUGUUCCUGGAAGGCCACCUCCACCAAAACUCUCUGCAGCCAAGACCUCCUCCCAGAAGGAUGCUCUUUCACGAUCUACUUCUGACAUCGCUCCUGAUAAAAAACCCAGCAAGUUCAGACUGGGACCCAAGAGAGCAAAAAGUCAAGUCUUUAAAAAUCCAGAUCCAGCAUUACCUCCUAGACCUAAACCGGGUCAUCCUCUCUACAAUAAAUACAUGCUACCUGUGCCUCAUGGAGUUGCCAAGGAAGAUUGUCUUCCCAGGAACACUGGAGAACUGUCCUGUAAGGAUUCAAACCACCCUCCAAAAUUUUCUGACGCAAGUGCACCUCACGCUGUAGUCCUGCAUGAUUUUCCUGCAGAGCAUGCUGAUGACUUGGACCUUCAUUCUGGAGACACUGUUUGUCUUUUGGAGAAAAUUGAUAGCAAGUGGUACAGAGGAAAAUGUGGGAAUCGCACAGGGAUAUUUCCUGCCAGCUUUGUUAAAGUAGUUAUUGAUGUUCCAGAAGAAGGCAACAGGAAAAAAAUACCCUGUUCAUCACAAUGUAUUAAAGGCCCAAGAUGUGUAGCACGAUUUGAAUAUAUCGGAGAUCAGAAAGAUGAGCUCAGUUUUUCGGAAGGUGAAACUAUUAUCCUUAAAGAAUAUGUAAAUGAAGAGUGGGCCAAAGGAGAGCUCAGAGGCACAUGUGGAAUUUUCCCCUUGAACUUCGUGGAAGUAAUUGAAGAUCUGCCUGGAACAGGUACAGGAGCAGCACUGAAGAAUAAGGUGGAGGUUUCUUCUUCCCUUCCUCAGAACAACAGAUGCUCAGUAGAGUGGUGUGAAGCGCUUCAUGAUUUUACAGCAGAAACCAAAGAUGAUUUAUCCUUUAAAAAGGGAGACUACAUCCAAAUACUAGAACAAGUAGAUUCGGAGUGGUAUAGAGGAAGACUGAAUGAAAAGGAAGGGAUUUUCCCAGCAGUUUUUGUUCAGACCUGCUCAGCCAGGGUAGAGCCGUCACAGUCUGUAGGAGGGAAGAAAGGAAAAGCCAAAGCUCUUUAUGAUUUUCAUGGAGAAAAUGAAGAUGAGCUUUCCUUCAAAGCAGGUGAUACAAUAACAGAGCUGGAAUCUGUAGAUGAGGACUGGAUGAGUGGAGAGAUACAAGGAAAGUCUGGGAUAUUUCCCAAGAACUUUGUUCAGAUUUUAAAAACACCGUGAAGUGUUGCCUCUGUACUCCCUGCAUGUGGGAGAGAAUGUUUUCUAUCCUAAAGGCACAGCAAAGACAUCAAUGUGUUUUGACUAUCAAUGUUUUGCACUACUUUUUCUAGACAGUCAUACUAGUAUCUUGAAGUCAAAUAAGAAAAUCUAAGUCUUUUGUGACAGCGUAUGUAGUCAUGCUUCAUGAAUGCUCUGAGAGCAAAUACAAGCAGGAUUUUUAGCAGUUUCCAACUAGGGAAAUACUGUGGUGCAACACCUUUUUUCUUAAAUAGCGUAAGUAAUAAAUAGUAUGUUUACUAUCUGGUAUUACAUUUAUCAUGCACAAAGUCUGCAUAAAGUAAGCUUCUUUGGGCUUCUUUAAAAACUUUUAAAAUCCAAAUUUAAAAAAUUGUUUUUAAGAUAUAACUACAGCACUCGGUAUGUAGAUCAAGUUUGAUGUUCAGGUUUCACUACUGCUUGACUUCCACAUUAGCAGUAAAAUCCACUUGUUUUAUGACUUAGAGAAUAAGGAUGAUAACUGAUAUUUUAUAAUAGAAAAAAUAUCAAAUCUAAUACUGGUAAGAGGGAAAAUGCUGAAGCAAAUCCUUGUGUAGUAUUCUUCUAUUCUUAGCCCAAGCUG